AUGUCGGCUGAUAACUCCACCACCCCCACCACUGAAUCUGACUUCCCUGACCCCACCCGGCUCCACAUCGAUGCCUAUGUAAGUUUAUUUUACUUUAUGAUACACCUUUUUUGUUUUGCCAUGUUUUUUUAAACAUUAUUGUAGCUAAAGUUUCGACAAAAAAUAAAAAGAUCAGCCUUCAAGAUUAUAUUGUCGUAGAUCAAGAUUCCCUCGACCAUAUUGUUUCAGGUGUACAUGGGUGGAGCCGUAGUGUUCGCGGUUAUACUGACCACUCUCUUCGUCCUCAACUACAUGUGGUGCGAAUGUCUGUGUGCCAACACCCGAGCGAGCAGAGCCAAAUGCAAAGCCUACGAUGCUCAAGAACACAAUUCCUUGGCGCUGAUGGACUCGUCUUUGAAGGAAUCGCUGAAAGAGAAAAUGUAG